CUGAAUCAGACCCUUGGUCCAUCAAAGUCAGCAUUGCCUACUCAGACUGGCAGCGGGGAAGCAGCAGGAGUCGAGGUCCCCUUCUCGUUAGUGAUUCUUUCUGCCUGCAGCCUCGUGGUGCUGGUGCUCUUGUCCGUGAACUGUGUAUCCUGUUGUAAAGAUCAAGAGAUAAACUUCAAGGAGUUUGAAGACAACUUUGAUGACGAAAUAGACUUUACCCCGCCAGCAGAAGACACGCCAUCCGUCCAGUCUCCAGCAGAAGUGUUCGUACUUUCAGUUCCAAGUGUUCCUUUGCUGCCUGUAUCACAGUUACAGCUUCCAGAGGAACUGAAGCCUCAAGUAGCGCGUCAGAAUCUAAACUAUAUUCAAGAAAUUGGAAGUGGUUGGUUUGGAAAGGUCCUGCUCGGAGAGGUGUACACAGGCACUAGCGUGGCAAGGGUAAUUGUGAAAGAGCUGAAAGCCAGUGCAGGUCCCAAGGAGCAGGAGCGGUUCUUGAGGCAGGGAGAGCCGUAUUGCAAUCUGCAGCACCCAAACGUCCUCCAGUGUAUCGGGCAGUAUGUGGAAGCCAUUCCUUGUCUUUUGGUGUUUGAGUUUUGUGACUUGGGCGACCUUAAGACGUACUUUUGCAACGAGCAAGAGAGCAUUAAAGGAGAGUCCCACAUCAUGCUGCUGCAGAGGAUGGCAUGUGAGAUCGCCGCCGGGCUCUCUGCUAUGCAUAAGCAAAAUUUUCUGCACGGUGACUUAGCCUUGCGGAACUGCUUCCUUACAUCUGAUUUAAAUGUCAAAGUUGGAGAUUACGGAAUAGGAUUCAGUAGGUACAAGGAGGAUUAUAUCGAAACGGACGAAAAGAAGCUCGUGCCUCUUCGGUGGACUGCACCAGAGCUGGUGACGAACUUUCAAGACAGGCUGUUAACUGCUGAGCAAACCAAGUACAGUAACGUCUGGUCCCUGGGUGUCACGCUGUGGGAGCUGUUCAGCGGCGGCGCAAAGCCUUACUCACUUUUAUCCGAUGAGGAGGUUUUGCUGCAAGUCAUAAAAGAGAAACGGACGAAGCUUCCAGAACCAGGUCUUGAACAGCCCUAUUGCGAUAGAUGGUAUGAAGUUUUGCAGUUCUGCUGGCUGCCAGCGGACAAGAGAGCAACCGCCGAGGAGGUCCACAAGCUUCUGACGUAUCUCCGAAUGCAAAGCCAAAGAGAUUCGGUGAUCGAUCCUGACCAGUGGAACAUUCUGAAGCCCGACACUUCCAACAGAGACUCGUCAGUGAACUCCUUUCCGAUUCUGGACCCCUACACAGGUGGCAGGCUUGGUCGAGAAAUGGAAGAAGUCCUCACCGUCACUGAGACCAGCCGAGGGCUCAGCUUUGAAUACAUAUGGGAAGCCUCCAGGCACGAUCAUUUUGAAUGCGGCCAAUUGACUCCUGACGAAGGGAUGGCAUACACAAAUAUCUUCUUCCCGGUAGAAGUUUUUGAGAACGGUCUUUCGCAGCAAGGGCCUGGAGCUCAGGACGAAAGCGGUCCGGAAACGUUGUCUCAAGUGCCUGGGGAACUUCCCGUGUUCAACGCCCACAAACCCUCUGUCGGCAGUGAUUAUUACAUCCAACUGGAAGAGAAGAGCACGAACAGCAGCGCGAGUUUCGAUAACCAGAAUGUCAUGGCGACAACUGAAGUGGACAGCCUAGAAGUCCCAAAAGACAAAAAUUCCCACUUUGUGGUUCUUGGGGACUUUGAUACUUCUGAGUCUGCUACAGAUGGGGACUUUUUCUCUUACAGCACCAGCUCCACGGAAGGAGACGUGAAUGCUAACAAGCAGGAUAGCCCUUUCCAAAAUGUAUUGGCUGAUAUCUCCAGAGCAGAGCAGUUGACCGAUGAAAGGAAUCGGUUUGACUUAACUGAUCUGAAUGAUAUUCAUGUGGAGCUUGAAGCAGUUUCCUGUUCGGAUCGAGAGGAAUCGGCAGUAGCCGAUCAGCGCAAAAAGGGAAGCCCUGUGCACCUUUCGGAAAGCAAAAUUGUCAGCUCGCAGGAAAAUGCCAUGCAGAAAUCUGUCAGCUGCCCUCUGACUUCAGAAGAGCUGUGUGACAACUUCCUUUUUCUUCAAGAGAAGAACUUAUUAAAGGGGGCGUUGAAUAACCCAGGCAACACAAAUUUGCUGCAGAUUCCACACAGGAACUCUCUGGAGGCCGAGCUUAAAAUGGCUGGACAUAUUCCAACCCAUAAAGAUGAACAUUUGAUACAAAUGACCACUGAUCAAAGCACGGUUGUUGUGCUCCCAUCCCUUGUGGACAGCCAGGUGCCUCGCAGCUCACCUGUGAUCGAGCAGGUAGCUCCCCUACGGAAAGCUGGGGAAGACAGUUCCAACAUAGGAGCUGAGGAUAACUUGGCCAGCAGUAUUGAUGACUCCUAUCUCAGAAUGGAUCAGGUCUCUGAACCCAUCUCUGUCGAAACGCUGUCCAUGAAUGCCAAAAAUCAACCAGGUGGGACUAGCCCCAGUGAAAGCAUUGUAUUUAGUGCUCAAGAACAAGAGAGGCAGAAAAAAUCCCAAGAGCUUGAUUGCAGUCAAAGGUGCUGGGGGGAGUUGAUCCAUGACUCGGGGAGCAGGGAAGCGGGAUUAGAACCUGACGACGGUGGUCAUUCGGACCAAAGCAGCGAAAAUUCAGCUCAGGUUCAGAAGCAUAACGCAGAAGUUACUCUCGCGUCCAUCCUCCCUUCAGACCGGCUGAGCAAAGACAGCCUGCUAGAAGACAGUGUGUCAACCACCACACAGAGCAUGGGGCAGUCUUUAGAUACACCAGACUCCUUGGAUUCAGUAGAUGUUAAUGAAGUCUUAGAGUCUCUAGUGAGUCAGAGUCCCCAGAAAAUUUUGCCACCUGAUAAACCUGCUGACAGUGGCUACGAAACCGAAAAUUUGGAGUCUCCCGAAUGGACUUCCCACCUCGUUGACACUGACUCCAACGAAGAUAUGAAUCUGUCUGUUGUUGAUGAUAGUGGUCUUUCGAAUGGGAGGCCAGUGAUUAUCGUGUCUUCAGAUGUUGAGGCAGAUACAGCAAGAAUCAUGGAUUGCUUUGACAAAACUGCCACAGCUUCUUCGGGUGGGCUUCAGAAUUCCUACAGGGAUUCUGCUUAUUUUUCCGAUAAUGAUUCCGAGCUAGACAAGAAAUCUGAAGAGGUUAUAAACACAUCUGAGGAACGAGAAGCACUAGCCGAGGAUAGUGCUCGCAUCGAAUACUUAGAAAUGAAAAAGAGCGCCAGUGCAGAGAAUCAGCCGAACUGCAGUCAAGUCACUGAUGACCACUUCACGAAUAACUCGAAUUUGCGGCUGGGGUUAGAUGAGAAGCUAGAACUCCAUGAGAAAGAUGUAGCAAUAUGUCCCCCUGAAGACGGUAGUACGACUUCACUUCGAGGUGUGGUGAGCCUAGAUCCUAGCGAUGAAGAGGAAGUCAGACUGCAUGAGGAUUCCCCCAGAGACGUCUCUUGUGCAGGAACAAACACAGCAGAUUUUGACCCUGCUCAGGAGCUGCAGCUGGCACCUGACUUAUCGAGCCCUGCUGAAGCCUUCGGAAGGUCUCCGUUGUGCCAUCUAGAUGGCCACAAGCUCAAAGAGCCAGAUGUGGAAGGGAAAUACCUGGGUAAGCUUGAUGCGUGUGGGAUUCUCGACCGGUCGUUGGACGGAGACGAUGCAGAUGAAGAAGAUGAAAACAGUGACGAUUCGGAGGAUGACAUGAGGACUUUCAAUUUGCACAGUCUCAGCUCCGAGAGCGACGAGGAAAUUGUGCAUCAAGUGCCGAUGAUCCUUACCGACAGGGAUGAUGGAAAACAUCUGAAGAGCUUGCUGAAAUGCCCAAGACCUUUUGGUCAGAGCAUUCCUUCUGAAAACUCCCUUAAAAAUGAAAGGAAAGCAGUCACGUUCUUCGACGAUGUCACCGUCUAUCUUUUUGAUCAGGAAACACCAACCAAAGAACUUGGGAACCGGGCUGCCGAAUCCAACCACUCAGGUCCCAGCGAUUCUCCUGCGCCACCUUCGGGUCUCGGUUACUUGAAUAAAUUUACUAAUUCGGAAAGCUCGACUGACGAAGAAGGUGGAGGCUUUGAAUGGGACGACGACUUCUCUUCUCCAGAGCCCUCUUUCAUCUCCAAGGCAGCAAACACUCUCAUUAAUCCCAAGCCUUCUCUUCAGACUUCAAAGUACUUUUCCCCACCGCCUCGAAGCCUCGAACAAGACUGGUCGCGUUCGUUACCUUACUCGAGGUUCUCCAUCUCGCCGGCAAACAUCGCCAGCUUUUCUCUCACUCACCUUACAGAUUCCGAUAUCGAACAGGGAGGCAAUAGCGAAGAUGGCGAGAGAGACUAG